GCAACAAAGGGUCCAAGAUGUUUAAUUUAAAGUGUGAUGGCAACGUCGUAUUCGACAGUAAAAAGUAAACAAGUGAUGGCGUCUGAUCACUCAAAUCAUGGUCUCUUGGCCAAUAACACAAACCUUGUCGAUGAUUUUGAAGAAGCAUUCCAGGGUAUCAUAAGCGGUUUCACUAAAGAGGAUGGCUUGUCACACACUCAGGAUAACAAGGAAGAGUUGCGAACAGAUGCCGAGCAGAAUGUAGCGAAAUUCAUUGAAGUAGCCAAGCAAUUGGAAACAUUUUUCCUACAGCGACGUUUGCAAAUCUCUGUUUUGAAACCUGAACAGCUUAUCAAAGAGGAUUGCUCUGAGCUCAAACAAGAGUUGGCCAGGAAAGAUGAACUCAUUAAAAAACAUUAUGAGAAAAUUUCAAUAUGGCUCAAUAUGUUGGGAGAACCACACCCUCCUGCACCUGUGGCCAAUGGUGUACCUAUUGUUGGUGAUGGAUCGUCGGCACCCCAACAGCAACCAAGUCAAAAUAUCCCGUUCCAGCAUAGAUAAUUUUGAAUGUAAAUUAAGAAUGAUGCUGUGUUUAUUUCCCGAACACUGUAUAAAUGUGCGUUCAAAACAUGUUUUGGAGAUCUUUGCUUUGACUAAUACGACUUAGAACUUCAAUUAAAGUACGAGUCGGUCUUCCGGUCAUUCCUAGAGGAUGAAAUAAAUUUCACCUUUCUGUUUCA